UGAAGAUAUCGAUGUCAAGAAUAAGAGAAAAUGCUAUUUUAACAGUUCGAUUCGCGUUUGAUAGACAGGCACUAUUUUCUACCGUGAAUAUCAGUUCUUAAAUACACAGACGUAACAAUAUUUGCUAUAAAUCAAAUGUUCUGGAUAUAAAACAAUUUUUUCAUAUCAACCGAGUAGUGUACUGAAGACCAAAGCUAUGUUUCGGUAUUUUCAGAAGGAAUUUCUAAGAAGUCCAUGGAGAGAACCUGGUCCAAGUGAAUGGAAUGAAAGUAUGUAUGACGAAUUACGUAACGAAAUAGGACAAAUAAAUAUCACCAAAGAAGGAUAAAAAGGUGGAAUACUAUUAUGCGGACCAAACCAAUCAGGGAAGUCAUCAUUCGUAAACUCAGUUAUCAGUAUAUGCAAGGGUCGGCCAGCAAACGUUACGACAGCGAUGUUUUCGCAUGAAAGUGUCACUUACAAUUAUUUACGCCUGGCCGCUUGCGGCAGCUUGAAUAACUUCAUAAUAACAGACACUAAGGGCCUUUUGGAACAACAAGGUUGUGGCCUUCAUGUGAAAGAUGUGCUGAACAGCUUACAGGGGAAGAUCAAAAAUGGCUAUAAGUUUGAAAAUGAUCCAAUAAAAGCUGGACACUUCUUUAACGACAACCCUAGCAAAGAGGACGAAUCACAUUGUCUUGUUUUUAUCGUUGCUGUGGAUUUACUUGAAAAAUUCACUGAAAAGUACUUAAACAAAAUAAGAAAAAUUGUGUGUAAGAUGCAGAAACACGGGUAUCCAAUGGUCCUUAUUUUGACGAAAAUGGACCAAUAUUACCCAUACCUUCAAACAGAUAUUACAUACAUGUUCAAAAGUAGCAUUGUACAUGAAGCAGUUCUCAAGGCGUCAUAUAUAUUUGGAAUUCAGGAAAGAGACAUUCAUCCAGCCGUUAACUUUACACAGGAAAUCCGAUUGAAUAAGAUAAAAUGCAUUCCAGUAUUACUUGCUCUCAGACACAUUUUGCAUUACGCCGAAGACAGGAUUCACACACGUAACUAAAUGACAUUUUCGACAAGGAGAAGAAAGUUGACAUGUUGGCCAAAAUCAUGAAAACAUAGCAAAUAUGGCUUAAAUUCACGAAUCCGUGUUCAUAAGUGUCUGUACAAAAACUUUCCAUUCAACUGGUUUCCUCUGCUAAUGAAAAUUACGUCAUACGUAUUUAAGGAAACAUAUUAGACAGACAUUUUCAUAAGCCAUUAAGGCAUUAGAUAUAUCAAUGAUAAAUAUGCUUACUUUCAGUUUCUUGCAUUCAAAUAGACUGUCAGUAAACCAUACUACGAUCAUAUUCUACACGACGGAAAAAAAAGACGAGGAAAUAUUGCUCGGAGAUCGUUGGAGAGUCACAUGUGUGAAAAUGAAUGCUUCAAACCGGUAAUGAAAACAUGCACAGAAAAUGUUAUAAACGUGAUUGUUAGUAAAAGUGUAAAUACAUGUAAAAACGUGUUUCUGUUGUUAGAUUCUAACGCCGCGUUACUUUCAUUAUACGUUUAUUCAUCAGUAUUAGACGUUAAAAUAUAUAUGAUUCAGAAAAUAUGCUGUGCCAUUUUGUUGCUUGGCGGCGCUUACCUGUGGUGAGCUUGUAACUUCUUAAUUUGGAAAACGUCAUUGUUUUUGCUUACACAUUGCGUUUAUCAUUAAGUAACAAAGCAUGUAUUUAAAAUUUGAUUAGUGUAUAGGCUCUUGUAUAUCAAAUUUGUGCAAUUAGUUUUAAAAAUAUUGGUUUAUAUGUAAAACGUACUAUAUAAUUUCGAACCAUCAGUUUGACUGAUUAAAUGUAACAUAAAGAUCUAGGAUCAUUUUAGCAUUUUCAUAAGACUUAUGAAGUCACAUUGAUAUCUAAGUAGCGGUUAACAAACGAAAUAAACCAGUCGAUUGUUAAUGAAUUACAUAAGUAAGGGGAGUAAUGGUGGGAGUAAAUAAAAAUGAACCUCGAAGUAUGUUUAUUGUUUGAAAAACAAAUUUUGAUAUUACAUUAAAUUUGUGUCUAGGUAUUAAACCGUAUGUAUAUAUGUCGAGAGAUCGAACUGUGCGUACUCUUUUAAUUAAUAUGUACUCAGUAUGUUACCACCCUAAUGGCUCAUGAAAUGGGUUAGGAGACAUGAGACAGGGUCUAUGAGUAACAGACCGUGCACAAGUCAUGAAAAAGUGACGUCGAUUAUGGUAACUUUUCAAUGUCGCCCAGUAUAGUUUAAUAAAUUCAGUGCAGAAUGUCAUAUUUCAGUUAAAAUAUAUUUUCUCAAUCGGAAAAUCUAAAAAUCUAGAUAAAAUGAAUGGCCAAAUUGUACAUUAUUCCCACAUAAAUAUGUAUGACUAACAUAGUGUUAAGCCUUUAAGAAUUCAUAUAUCGAUAUGUUACAUUUGUUUGUUUGUUUUCAUAUUUUUUUUAUUUUUUUUUUAUUAUUUUUUUUUUGUAAAAUCGACAUCUGAAAAUUGUUUAUUUUAUAUGUUUUCAUUUUUGUUUUGUGUAUUAGAUAUAAUAAAACAGUUGUAAUGAU